CAGUACAGGAUGCGCCUUGGGUCAGGGGGAUGUGAAAGCCCUCAGUCUUUGUGUUCCUCCCUGGGCCAGAGCGUCUGCGUCUGAGCCCUCGGUUCUCCUCGGAGCUCAGCUCGCCUGCGGCUGUCACCGCAGAGCCACCAGCCUCCCGCCGGGAGGGACACGGCGCCAUGAUGGCCACCUGUGCCGGGCUGCCGCUGCUGCUGCUGCUGCUGAGGCUGCUUCUGGGCCAGCCCCGGGCGGGGGCUGGCGCUCACAGGGAGGCCGUGGUGUGCGCGGGCAGGGCCUGCUACACUGCGCACUGGGGCAAGCUGAGUGCGGCCGAGGCCCAGCUUCACUGCAGCAGGAACGGCGGCAACCUGGCCACCGUGAGGAGUGAGGAGGAGGCCCGGCACACCCAGCGAGCCCUCACCCAGCUCCUGGAGUCGGAGGCGCCCCUGGCAGCUCGGAUGGGCAAGUUCUGGAUCGGGCUCCAGCGCGAGAAGGCCAAGUGCUUGGACCCCAGCCUGCCGCUGAAAGGCUUCAGCUGGGUGGGCGGUGGGGAGGACACGCUUUACACCAACUGGAACAAGGAGGUCAGGAGCUCUUGCAUCUCCAGGCGCUGUGUGUCCCUGCUGCUCUAUCUGUUCCAGCCGUCCCAUGCCAGCCACCUCCCCAAGUGGUCCGAGGGCCCCUGCGGGAGCCCGGGCUCUCCGGGAAGCAACAUCGAGGGCUUCGUGUGCAAGUUCAGUUUCAAAGGCAUGUGCCAGCCUCUGGCUCUGGGGGGCCCAGGCCGGGUGAACUACACGACCCCGUUCAAUGCCACCAGCUCUUCCCUGGAGGCCGUGCCCUUCGGCUCUGCGGCUACUGUGGUCUGUGGGGCCGGGGAAGCCGGUCAGGAGGAUUACUUCAUGUGCAGGGAGAAGGCCCCCGAUGUGUUCGACUGGGGCAGCUCGGGCCCCCUCUGCGUCAGCCCCCAGUAUGGGUGCAGCUUCAACAACGGGGGCUGCCAGCAGGACUGCUUCGAGGGGGGCGACGGCUCCUUCCGCUGCGGCUGCCGGCCGGGCUUCCGGCUGCUCGACGACCUGGUGACCUGUGCCUCCCGGGACCCUUGCAGCUCCAGCCCGUGCCGGGGGGCAGCCACCUGUGUCCCGGCACCCCACGGGAAGAAUUACACAUGCCGCUGCCCCCAGGGCUACCAGCUGGACUCAAGUCAGCGGGACUGCGUGGACAUGGACGAGUGCCAGGACUCCCCCUGCCCGCAGGCCUGUGUCAACGCCCCUGGGGGCUUCCGCUGUGAGUGCUGGGUGGGCUACGAGCCCGGCGGCCCCGGGGAGGGGCCCUGUCGGGAUGUGGACGAGUGUGUCCCGGGCCGCUCGCCCUGCGCCCAGGAGUGCACCAACACCGACGGCUCCUUCUACUGCUCCUGCGAGAAGGGCUAUGUUCUGGCCGGGGCGGAAGGCACCGAGUGCCAGGACGUGGAUGAGUGUGCGGACACGGAGAAUGGCCUUUGUGACAGCUUGUGCCUCAACACGCAGGGGUCCUUCCACUGCGGCUGCCUGCCGGGCUGGGAGCUGGGCCUGGACGGGGUCUCGUGCACCCCGGGCCCCACGUCCCUGGCCCCGCUGUCUGGGCCUCCCCAGGGGGAGGAUGCAGGAGAUAGAGAGGGGAAACUCGUGCAUUCUGCCACAAUGUCCAGGCCCACGAGGGACCCUGAGGGCACCUCCAAGGAGGCACCCACCGCAAAGGGACCCUCCAUUCCACGCAACGCCCCCAUCACCCUGGCCGCACCCCACAUGCCGGCUCCCAGUGGGCCCCCUGGUGUCUGGAUGGAGCCCAGCACCCAUCACCCCAUGGUCACCCCUGGCCGUGGGGAGAAUACAGAGGAGGAUUUCACCGCCAAACAAAGCCAUGAGGGCACCGACGGACAAAAGCUGCUGUUGUUCUACAUCCUGGGCACCGUGGUGGCCAUCUUACUCUUACUGGCUCUGGCUCUAGGGCUACUGGUCUACCACAAACGGAGAGCAAAGAGAGAGAAGGAGAAGGAGAAAAAGCCCCAGAACGCAGCUGACAGCUACUCCUGGGCUCCAGAGCGAGCUGAGAGCAGGGCUUUGGAGAAUCAGUACAGUCCGACGCCGGGGACAGACUGCUGAAGGUGAAAUGGCCCCAGAGACACUGACAAUUGGCUACCACCAUCCUCAGAGCUUUACGCACCCCGUCGGAGGGCGGGGGGGCACAUCCUUCCAAAAGACUGGACUGGAAUCUUAGCAAACAGUUGUAAAUAUUCUUAAAGGCCUGGCCACUUGGAAUAUACAGGUAUUUUCUACGUGUGUGUGGUAUUCUUGAAGUGGAUGCAAUGGGUUGGGAUGUCAUUUCGGGAAUUUUGUGAAUAUUAACAA